GAUUUCCCGCCGGUUGGGCAUGACCCAGGAAAUGGUUGUGGAGACUUCCGGGUGGUUGUCAGUGACGCUCCCGCGUAGUCGCUAAGGAGGAGAUAGCCGCUCCUGGACCCCGGGGCUGGGGAGGGUCAGGAGGGUCCUUGAAAUGGAUUGGGGAGAUGAAUAUUCUUACAAUUCUUUUGAUGUAGAUUGUUUGUUAAAUUCAUUUCCUGGAGAUGUGGAAUUUGAACAAAUCUUCAGUGACAUUGAUGAAAAGAUUGAGAAAAAUGCUGCAAGCCUGAAACAGUGUCUUAAAGAUAUCCAAUCAGAAGUUAACAAAAGGUGUGGCUCUGAUGUUCCACUGCAGACUACAAGUGACUGCCUUGAAUGGUUAAAUAACUACAGUUCCAGUUCACUCAAACCACCUUCAUGUCCUCAUGGAGAUUUAAUCAAAUUCCUCAAAACUUUGCAAGAUUUAUUGAAGAAUGAACAAAAUCAGGAAGAAAUGAUACUGGAUUUCCUUUUGGAUCUCUCCAGUCAGUGUGGAGUUUCAUUCCCACGUACGCCAAGUGGAACAUCUUUCCUGUUCACAUCUAGGACUUCUCUUCACGCAGUUGAAGAUCAUUCAUCUAUGGAUGUAAAGUCUUUGUGGGAUGAUAUAAGAUUGCACCUUCGACGCUUCUUAUUGAACAAAUUACAAGGUCAUGAUAAAGUAAACAAUUCACCGCAGACUAUUUCAUUUAAAACGCACUGCAUCCAACAACUUUUAUUUCUUUAUCCAGAGUCAGAAGUUUUAGCCAAGUACCAAAGUCUACAGAAUAAAAUGGUUAUUCAACUCCUAGAGAAUUGUUUUUUGUCUUACAACAGAGAAGCCAAUUUAGACACAGUGAUGCAUGGAUACCAAAAUUCAAUACUUAAAUUAUGCAAAAUGAUCAAACAAGAUUUUUAUGUACUAAGUGAAAUUUUAGCUCCUUCUUCAGCACUAAAAUUCAUUAAUGAAACUUAUCUGGAUUCCAUUAAAGAAGAAAUGACAAAUUUUCUGGAAAGAUUUUGUGAGCUGCAAUUCAAAGAAAAUACUGUCCAUGUGGUUAAAACAGGCAGGAGUUCCAGCAAACAUAGAGGAGCAGUGCAUGCUUUGGUUACCCAUGAAUGCCCACGAAAAGGAAGAAACAUCUGCCUCUCCUUGUAUGAACUCAAAUUCUUAUCACAGCUCAUAAAACCUUUGUUAAAAUUGGAAAAGGAAGUUCAAGAUCUUUCCCAAGAGCUGCUUUUGAAGCCCAGAGUAUCCAGACAUACCUCAGGAGUUUGGAAGAAAUCUAGUGGAGAACUUUUAAUACAGGAAGGUAGAGCAAAUGAAAAUAGCAUACUACCUGAGAAAUUAAUGCAGGUAAAAGAGUAUUCUUUACUAGAUUUUGGCUGGAGAAAUGCAUUUAAAGAGGUGUCUCUUUCUGUGGUGCGAUGUUUAACAAUAGCAAUGGAAGAUCUUGCCACUAAAAUUCUUCAUCGUGAACAGAAUGAAAAAUCUUCAGCUGUAAACUAUACUAUGAGUCUUGUAAAUAUUCAGUCAGUUUGGGAGCUAUACAGAGCAGCUCUGGAGGAAGAACAACCAAAGAAAAUUGCAAAGUUUUGUUCUGACAUCAUGGAAGAACUUGACAUGAUGCUUCCCCUAGCACUUGCAUGCAGGGAUGGUUCUCUUCAGGAAAUUAGAGCAAACUUUGUGGAGGCCUGUUGCAAAGUAGCAACAGCUGUCCUGGCAAGGUUGGAAGAAAGAAGCAAGGAAGUUCCCUCCAAAGUACCCUUGCAAAAUUUAUGUACUCUUCUCUCUACAGCAAUAUUUGUCUUUCAGCAUUUUAUGCAUUAUGAUGAUUUGAUGAAAGAAACAAGUAAGAAACCCCUAUUCCUAGUGCCUGUCCAGCGAUAUCAGGAACUCAUCAGCACUCUCCAGUUUCAAGUUACAGACUACUGCGUCAGAGUUUGUGCUACAAGCAUUUUACAGGAUGCAGAAAGCCACCACUGGGAUGACUACAAAGCUUUUUAUGAGGGGGAAAGAUGCUCAUUCUCUAUCCAGAUGUGGCAUUAUUUCUGCUGUGCUCUCCAUCAUGAUCUGUGGGCUGUUCUACCCCCCAAGUUAGCCCAAGAAAUUCUCAUAGAUGUGUUGGAGAAAUCUUUGGAUCUGCUGGCCUCCAGAUAUUCUCAGGCCCAUCCCAGUUAUAAGAGAACUCCACAGAUAAGAUUUGAUGUUACUGCAAUUUUAAUAUGCACUGAGCAAAUGCUCUGGUCAGUUUGUAGAUCAGUACAGGAACUCUUGAAUCCUCGUGAAUGCAUAAAUGAAAAGAUCUUGAAAAUCCAUGCCCACUGCAAUAAUCUGUUUACAACCAUGGUCAUUUUGACAUCACCAUUAACAGAAUUAUAUAAGACAUAUCAAAAUGACACUGAUGAUCUUCCCUCAGAUUCUUCAGAAUCACCCUUUAAUCAACCAUUACACUGGAUUUCUUGCAUAGAACAUUUUUCUCCUUCUUUCCUUAGGACUCCAUCAGCUGGAGAAAUGGCAGUCCAGGGUCGAUUGAAACUGCUCUUAUCCCAACCUUGUUGUAAUUGGAACUUGCUUUUGGAAACCCUCCUGCAGGAUGAUUGUCUGAUACUGAAAAUCUUGUUGAGGAGUGAGUUUAGUGUUGAAGGAACCUUAUCAAAAUAUGAAGAAAAAGUUCCUAAUUUGGGAAAGAUGCCUAACCACGAACCUAGUUUGACAGAAGCAAUCUUCAAGUUGCUCUCCCAUUGCAGUCUUUCUCCUCAGUCUCUUGGAAGGGUUUUUCUCAAUUACAUGGAACUAGAACAAUUAUGGGAUUUUUUAUAUGACAUUCCAGUUAAAAGUAACAUGGAAUCUGAACCAGAGAUCAUUAGAUGCUUGAAACAGACUUUGAUUGAGACAGUCAAGAGCAUCAUAAAGCAAAUAACUUCAUUGUUGACUUCUUGGGAAGCAGGAGGAAACUGUAGUACCUACCCACACAAACCUGUUCCUGAAAGUUUACUUAAGAUGGUUCCAAAGGAAUGGAGUUAUAAUCCAAAAGAAAUGAAAAGAAAAGAAAUGGGGAAAGGCUUCACAAGGUUUGCAGCUCAGGCGGUAUCUAUUGUAAUCAGCAAGUUACCCACCAUGAUUGCAUGUUUGCCUCCCCCAAUUAAGUACUUCUUUUUUCUGUCUGAGAGAAAAAUGUCAAAAAACUUUGUUGAAUUGAAGAAAACUGGUCUGCUUGUCUGGAACCUGAUUGUAAUUAUAUGUCGAAUAGUUGAGGAUGGCAACACCUUGGAACUUUUAACCGGUGCCUCAUUUGACAGUUGGAGUAAAGAGAAACUCAGUUUAGUUUGUGUGUGUUUAGAAAGCAUUUUGGGAAAGCAGAAAAGUAGCCCUAAUCAAGUGACCCAGCGGGUUAUACACAGCAUUGAGCAGCAAAAACCAAACUGGAUUGAAAGCCAGUUGCUGAAAGCAAGAAAAUUGAGCACAGAAUGUGUACUUAUGGCAGUAGAAGAAGCUACAGCCUUAGAAGAAGGAGGUAUUGCUCUUGAAUUGACUGAGCAGAAAAUAAACAUGAUGGUCCUGGAUAUCUGCCACAAACCAGGUGGCAGUGAGUACCUGAGGCAAAUUUAUCACAUCAUCCGGCUCAAUGAGGAAUAUUUGAAAGAACAGCUGUUUUCUAUGAAUGUAGCAGAGGAAAACACAUUACCCACCAGACCUUUAAAAGUGACCUUGAAAAGCCUAGAAAAACAGCCUCCUGCCUUUAACCCUUUUCAGGUGUAUAAGUGGUUUAGUGAAAAAAUGCUGGAUCAGUCAGUCAUAACUAAAUGGGACUGGAAUUGGUCAAACUUGCUGCCAAGUUAUCUGGGACUGAAUAAGACGACCUUCAGGGCACUGCUUAAGAACAGGUGGGAAAUGAGGGAGGAUGAAACACUGGAAGAGGAAGAAAAAGUGAUGCUGGAGUACUUGAAAACAAUGUGUUUGAUCCAGAGCUCUUCUGCCUCAGAUAACCCAGAGGAACAGUAAUCUGAAGGGGAAAAAAAUUUAAAAAGGCAACUGUUAUAUUUUAGGAAGUCAUAGCAUGCCAUGGAGCGUGUUUCAUCUUAGAAUCAGAAUACACCUCAGAUGUGCUGUGAAGCAUGAAACCAUGCUUAAGUAAGCCUUGUACUGAAAAUGAGUAGUUAUUAAAGCAUAAGGAACAUGGUGGUGUUAUAUAUUUUUAUUUUUUAAAUUAUAGUUUAAAAUUAGCUUUUUAAACUUGUCUUCUUCUAUGAUAUGGUAGCUGCUACCUUGUCUUUUCUUUGAAUUCCUUUAUUUUUUCUCUUUGUAUUCUCAAAGCAUUUGUGAUAAUAGGCCAGGUUCUUGGAACACAUCCCUCUGGAUUGUUGGAUAUAUGUGGACCAUUACUAAAACAGAAUGAUAUUUGUAAAGAGAUCGUGGUCCUCCAAGCCCAGAAUUGUGGAGGCAUCUUCAACUAGUCAGCCACUGUUGGUUCCCAAAUUGUCACAAAGCUUUUCCUUUCUCCAUAUUUGUUGAUUAGGCCUCCAUCUUAAUUUUAUAGCCACAGACCUAGGUCAGUUACUAUUCUUUCCCCUGAAUUUCUACAACCAAUUUACCAGUCUCCCUGCCUCUGGCCUCUUCCUCAUCAGACUCUUUUUCAAUUCAGUAAAAAGAAUUCUUUUCCUAAGGUAGCCUUUGAAUCCAGACACUGUGUUUUCCAGAGCCCUGCUGUGGGCUUCUCUGGUUGUUCCCAUUAAAUUAAGUUACUUUAAAUUAAAUGAAGUCCAAAGUUGUGUUUUAAGGUCCUCCACCAGUUGGCCUCCCACCUUACCCAAUCACCCUUGUCUCCCACACUGACUCAGACUUUCUGCCAAAUAAAAAAGCAGAGCUAUCUUGUCCCUGAAAGCUGGCAAUUGUAUUUAUUCUAUCUGUUAAAAGUAUCUGUGGGAAUAUAAUGACCUUCUCUCAUCUCUGAGCCAUCACACUUAACAUUUCCCCCACCAGAAGUGCCUCUCCUCACCCCCUCACCACUAACAAAAUUCUUCUUUUGCUUUCUCCCAGACUCACCUCUGUCUAAGAUACAUUUCUAGAGAUUCACCCGCCCUCAGGCAUUCCAGCCACUGACUCUCCUUCAUAUGUCAUUAAGGGUCUACUCUUCUGGCUACUACAGACUUAGAGUUAGUUUAUAAAGACUGAUUUUUUCUGGCACUUGCAUUUAUAUACAUUAUUUACAUGUAUAAUUGCUGUGAUUAUGUACUUAUCCUUGAGGGCUUGAUAGAAUAUUCUGCAUAGAGUGGGCACUCACUAGCUGUUAUGAAAUGACUGACUUUGAAAACAAGUCCAGGAGUGAGGCAAUUGGACUGUGGAAUAGCCUAUAAAACAACUGAUCAAAGACCCAUCUUAUGGUCCAUUUAAAACUAAAUGGGAUCAAACAUGGGAAAGUUGGCCCUCUCCGGGUAAGUAACAUAUCUCUAUAUUCUAUAAUUCUUUUUAAAUAUUUCUAUUUUUUAUUUUAAAAGGUUUUUUUUUUGCUUUGUUUUAUCGUUUUUUUAAAAAUGGGUUGAAUGCAUCAAGAGAUGGCAGCUACAGAGAAUCUCUUUCUUUAUUUCUUUAAAUAAAAAUGCACAAAUGGCCCCUGUAGCUGCCUGCCAAAUAAACUACUUUAUUUUUAAGAGUGUACUUUAUUUGGCCAGUACAGUCAUGAGCCUAAUGCUUUAGGACAUGGCAGAAGGAAUUUCUUAAAAUGGAAGGAAAUUUUUUUUUGUGACAGAUGAGGCAGACUAGAUUAAAAGUAUGCAGCUUGUAAAUAGUUAUGAGAAGAAAACUUUAAGAGUUCUGGACGUGCCCAUCUUAUUUUAUUAAUCCAUUAAGUCAAAAUAGCUUAUUAAUCCAUUAUGUUGAAUAUGAAGCUUACUACAAAUAUUCUAGCAAUCAGCAUAAGGCAACAGAAGACUUUAUUGAAGUGACUUUGGUGGCUUUGUGCUAUUCUUGAAGGCGAGUUGAACGUUCUGUAUUGAAAUGAACACUAAAAUGGAAACUUACUAUAAAAAUAAACUGACCUGACAAUUUCAUAGAACUUACAAGAUGUCCAAAUGUGAGUGGCUUUUCAUGUUGACUUCACCUACCUAAUGGUCAUCUCCUAAAAUCUGUGAGGCAUGAACUAAUUAUACCAAGUGUGAGGUAUUUCUCUAUCAAUAUUAGCUAAUGGCAGGCACAGUUCUUCUGGAGUCCAUGUUUUCCUUUUUUGAGCCCAUUUCAAACUGAGGGAGAAAUUUUGAGGGGAAGGGGUGUACAGGAACAGCGAACAAAUGAGCAGAUCUUUUGGCUCUGGACUAUAUUAGCUCCAUGAAUUUACUGUCAGAGUAAGUGUCAGAAGGUGUAUAAUUAAGAAUGUUAAAUGACAUAUCACUGAUUUUUUGGGGGGGAAAGACAGUUUUUGAUUUAUACUCAAUGCCUUUCUUAAAGUACAAUAAGGAGUGGUACUUCAAAAGACUCUCUCAUUUUGACAUUUAUUUCACAAUGACAAAAAAAUGAAGAGUACAGAUGAAGCCAGUACUGUUUUACUGGAUUUACCUCAUAAGACUAGUGUCUUCUUUGCCUGGGAAGCAUGAAUCAGCCUAGAAUUUGUCUUAAAUUUAUUAUAUCUUUUAGGAGAGAAUUAGCCAUAUAAUUAUAAACAAUCAAUUUUAUGUGUCUCUUCUAUUGAAUGUAUUUACCUCGUGAUGGAUUUAGCCAAUAGAUUUAUAAACAGAUGAGUAUUAAUACUAUUAAUUGCUACUACACACAUACAUAUGCAUAAAUGUUAAGGAAUCCUGGCUUUUAUUUUAUAAAUCUGUACAAUAUGUAUUGCUGUAAUCUCAGGAUAAGUUUAGAACUUUGUUACAUAAGUACCAACUGUAAUCAAAGAAUGAGAAAUAAAAAGCAUUUGUUUCUA